AUGAUAACAUUAACACACCCUUUCUCCCUCGCCCUCCGCACAAUGUGGCCCCCCUCCCUCCUCGCCGCAAUCUUUACCCUCUUCAUAACCCCCCUCCAAACCGUCUUCUAUCGCGCAGACCUCUCCAUGGCGUACCACGUCUUCGCCGCCGCCUCAAUCUACUUCUCUCUCACACUCAACGCUGCCAUCGUAAUGACGCCCCUCAGAAGCAAGUUUCAAGAGAUCAAGAGGAACGACGAAGUCUUCUCGCAGAUAGGUACCUUCAAUCGCUGGCUCGUCGAGGGCUACCUCCACAGCUUCUUCCUCUUCCCCAACCUCUUCGGCCCCAUCAUUGCAUGCUGGAUUAUCUUCCCUGACAAUAGGUACUUCGAUAACCUCGCCCAUCUCUACGGUUUCGUCGUUGGGAUUCCACAUCGCCGUGCACCUACGUCGCGACUCGUAUGGGCGGUGUCGGAUUACAUCCCCCGACACCCCUGCGAAUCAACCCAGAAGUUUCUCCUUGCUCUACACGUCUGUCUCGAAGAGCUCCCUGAUACGACCGUGGCUGCCAUCGAUCGCAAGUUGCUUUGCACUGAGUGGGUGUUCCUUCAACUUGUCGUUGGCUUUGCUUUCACCAGUCUAGUUUGCAUGCUCUAUACCAUGGUCGUCGAGGCAUUUCGUCUGUACCUCCAACGUCUCGUCGUCUAUCUAACCGCAGAAAUUCUAUUAUACGUUGGGGAUUUCGGUCUUGUGGUUAGGCAGAGUGUCUGGGAGGAUAUGAACUUGUAA